CGACAAUGAAGGUGCUUGCGUUAGUGGGGUUACGAUUACAGGCGCUAAGCUUUGUAAACACCUGUUCACAGCCUGCCGCACCAAAACACGUGCUCCACCGCCUCAUACAGGGCUCCUACGUUAGCGUCUUGCAACAUACCUCAUACUUUCCAAACUCUAGAUGAACAUUCGAAGAGCAGAGCCGAAGGAUCUCACCAAGAUACAGCAAUGCAACUUGCACAAUCUCCCUGAGAACUACCACAUGAAAUUUUGGGCCUAUUCCUUUAUAACAUGGCCAGAAAUUUCGUAUCUCGCAGAGGACAGCAGUGGGCGUGUAGUGGGCUAUGUGCUCUCGUCGAUAGAGCCAGAUGAAGAAUACCCUUGGUUGCAAGUUGGUCAUGUCAACUCUCUAUCCGUGCUCCGAACAUACCGUAGGCUAGGUCUUGCGAAGCGAUUAAUGCUGCUUUCGAAAAAGGCCAUGAUCGAAUCAUACAACAUAGAGUACGUUCAGCUCCACGUACGCAAGUCCAAUCGAGCCGCCUUCAGUCUGUACAGCGAGAAACUUGGCUUCAAGAUCCACAGGAAAGAGGCCGGAUACUAUGGUGAUGGUGAAGAUGCAUACUCAAUGAGGAUUGUCCUGAAACCACGGAGCUUCACCCAUCGACUUGGUCGCAGAGUCCAGGCAUUUGUAUACGCUCGGCAACGGGCAGUCGCGAACUGGACUUUGAAAUGCGCGAAACGAGUGAGUCAGAUAAAAUGAAGAUACCAAACUUGCUUGUCAGUCAUCCACGGAAUUGUCUUAUACUUUAUUUUGAGCUACCCAUCUGCAGGACACACCUUUGUAUGAUAUUGCUUCCGCAUAUCCACUUUUAAUUCUGUUUCGAUUGGCCAAUGUAUUGAUAUGAUAUGUAUGAAAUCGAAUUUCUGGAUGGUUACCCAUAGUUUGUACCG